AUGCGAGCUGCACUUUUCCCUUCGCGGCUUAUUACUUUUUCCAGGUUACCAGGCAGAUGUCAAACAAGUCAUACAGAGCCACCAAAGGAGGAUAAAUAUGAAGAUAAGUAUGAAAUGUUUCGUAAAUUAAACGAAUAUGCGAGUGCGGGAUUGUGGGAUGAUAGGUACAAUAAACCAAGGUUAUUCCUUUUCGGCAAAAAUCGGCAAAAAGUAUAUGAACUCCAUGAUAAAAUGACACCGAAAACAGAACCAUUUUUUAAACGAUCACCGUAUGGAGUGCACUUGGAGGUGUUGUACCGUUUAAGUUUGGGAAUUGCUGCCAUUAUAAUUGUUUGCUCAUUAUAUGUUAUGUUGAUUCCCGAAGAAAAACGUUUAAAGUACAAGUAUCGCAAGCAGCAGGAUUCUGGAGAGAAACACAACUAA